UCGUCUCCGGCGACUGAACUUUUUCUGGAAAUGGAUAGUGAAGGAGCUUCAAGCGAGUCUUCUUCGUCUGGGGAUCAGCUCGAGAAGUGGACAGAAGAGCAGGAUCAGCUUAAGAAGAAACUGAUUGCGUACGAUGACUUCUCAUGGAAGUUAUCUUCAUCAAUGGAACUUUCUCAGGGAUCGGAGAUGCUUAAGUACGUUGGAGGUGUAGACAUGAGCUUUUGCAAAGAAGAUUCUUCCCUCGCAUGCGCUUGUCUCAUCGUUCUUGAGCUACCUUCUCUCCGUGUAGUCCACCAUGACUUCUCUCUCCUCCGUCUUCAUGUUCCUUAUGUUCCUGGAUUUCUUGCCUUUCGUGAGGCUCCGGUUCUCUUGCAGAUUCUGCAAAAGAUGAGAGAUGAUAAACAUCCUUUCUAUCCUCAGGUACUGAUGGUUGAUGGAAAUGGAAUACUUCAUCCACGAGGGUUUGGCUUGGCCUGUCAUUUAGGUGUUCUUGCUCACCUUCCUACCAUUGGGGUUGGAAAGAAUCUGCAUCAUGUGGAUGGUCUAAAUCAAUCUGAGGUUAGACGGUCACUUCAGCUCAAAGAAAACGAGCAUGAGCAAGUUAUCACUUUGGUAGGAAACUCUGGAUUUACAUGGGGAGUAGGAUUUAGGCCAACUCUGAGUUCUCUGAAGCCCAUAUAUGUUUCAGUUGGCCAUCGCAUAUCACUUGACUCUGCCGUUAAAAUUGUCAAGAUGACCUGCAAGUACCGUGUUCCGGAACCUAUAAGACAGGCCGAUAUGAGAUCAAGAGCAUAUCUCCAGGAGCAUCAAACUGAGUCUUUUAAAAGAACUGGGACUGUGACAACCGGAUCAGACUGAACCUUAAUCUCUUAAACAACCAAGGAAGGAAGUGAACACUAUUCCACAUUACAUAGAACUCUCCAAAGUCUUUACGGAUUGCUAAAUGGACAGAUUCAGGGCACUGAAGAUCCGCCCCAAUUGUCUCCUUCA